AUGGGUCUGCGCACCAACCGCAUCAGCAGGUCUAUCCUGCGCGCCGUCUUCGAUCCCCAGACCUCUUCCGACGCCGCCAAGCCCAGCCUUCUCGCCCGCAUUCUCGCCUUCUUUGCUCUCUUUCAGCUUGUCGUGAAGCCUUUCCGCCCUGCUGACUUCCGCAAGCUGCGCAAUGACGCUUGGCAGCUUGAUGACGAUGAGUACCGCGAGAGCUUUCGCCUCGCCAACCGUCGCGGUGCCGCCCUUAAGCCCGUCGGCGAUCUGGGCUAUUCCGGGUCGACCUUCUUUACCACGCCUAACGACAAGUUCCUGAUCAAAAGCCUGCCUCGCCGCUUUGAGCACACCUUCUUCUCCCGCGACCUGAUUGACCCCUACAUUCAGCACAUGCACGCCUUUCCGAAUUCUUUGAUCGUCCGCAUCACUGACUUUCUCGAGGCCAUCGGUCCAUCUAUCGGUGCCAGUGUCCUCGGCACCGCUCCUGCACAUCAUGUUGUGAUGGAGAACGUGCUGUACGGAAAGGAUCACGAUGAGCAGAAGGACCGCUGGGAAACGUUCGACCUCAAGCCCGCCAGCUACUUCUACCCCGAACGUGACAUCGCCGACGGGCACCUGGCUCCCGAGUCGGUUAAGGAGCGCUUGGUCGACACGUUUCCAGAUAAGAUCAGGGUGGCGCCAGAGCAGCGCGACGACCUGUUAAAUGCUCUCAAGAAGGACACGGACCUUUUGUGCAGUGCAAACGCCGUUGACUACAGCCUUUUCCUGGUAAGGUACCCAGCAGAGCCCGAACGCCAUGUACCUUUCGUCAAGGCAAGGAAUAGUCAAUGGCGACACGGCGUGAGAAGCACCGACGGGAAGUGGAUGUACCGCGCGGUGCUGCUGGAUUUUUUCUGGGCAAAGCACAAGACGCAACCAAAGAUGAUGACGAAAUUGGUGAAGAGCUUCAACUUCUUUGCGAAGAAGGGGCCCAUGAGCAUCACGACUAGCCCAGGCGAAUAUCGCGAACGCUUCCUGAACAUGGUCAAAGGUUACAUCGAAGACCAGUAA